AUGGAGCUGUACUUCAGCUCCUGCUCCAAGGCGGCCAGGGCUACCUCCACCAGGACGGCUGCCAGCAGCCUGGGUGACGAGUGGGGUCUUGGAGACGGGGGCCCUGGCCAUUUCAGGUCCCGUCAGGACCAGGGACUAGGAGGGGAGGUGCCAGCUACGAUGGAGCUGUACCUCAACUUCUGCUCCAAGAAGGCCAAGGCUGACUCUAUCAAGACGGCCACCAGUAGCCUGGGGGAGGAGAAAAUGCUUACAAGGCAAGUCAAUCAACUACAAGACAACAACCAGCUACCUGGACGUCCUGAAGUUACCCAGUUCCAAAACUGGAUGCUAAUGGACCGCGUCCCAUCUUUCAGGGACCAGGAGCGACUCAUACGGCACAGGUACCUGGACAUGAUCAACCGGGAGCUGGAGUACCGGGAGCGCCGGGCAGAGGAGCAGCGCCGGCUCUGGAUGGACCGGGAGGACCGGCGGCACUGGGACCACAUGCGCAGGAAACUGGGGCUGCGCAGGAAGAUCGAGGAGGAAUGGAAGACAAAGGAGAUGCUGCUGCUCACGAGAAUCGUAGAAGACGUGAAGCGAGAAGCACGAAUAGAGGAGCAGCGGCGGCGGAACCGGGAGGAGAACGACAGGAAGAAACAAGUUCUUUUAGAGAAGAAAAUGGCUUAUCACUUACAAAAAAUGCAACAAAAUGGCCUCAGAAGAGAAGACACAGGGAAGAAUACACCAGAUUACAGAGGACAGGAGGGCGCGUGCUCUGAAUGUGCCGCGUACACCUCAGCUCCAGACACUCUUCUUUCCGCUCAGAAUUCACCCACAAGAAAUUUUCACAAAUCUUCACAGUCUUACUUGGGGCCUACAAAAGUUGACGAAUACAACAUUUCUUUUGCCCCACGUACAAACGUAUUGAAUGAGGUGACUUCCGACGAGCUGAACAGUAUACUUCAGAACAUAAUGGCCUGGGUGGUGGCCACAGUGACCAGCAUCCUGUACCCAGCCAUCACCAGGUAUGAGGAGAGGCUGCAAAGCCAGGUGUACCCCAGGGGCGCGGAGUCCACCCUGUCUUCGGAGAGCUCCAGCUUCUGCAGCACCUGCAGCGAGGGCUUCGCCUACGGCAGCUACACCACGGCCACCACCAAGACCUUCCCCGGGGAGCCCCGUGCCUUCGCCGUGGACAUCGCGGUCCGGCACCCGCCCACGCCGCUGGAGCCGCUCUCUGCCCACGUGGAGCGGACGGUGGUCGAGAAGACCUACCACACGGAAGGCCCCCCUUCCGCCCACAUAGAGCGGACGGUGGUCGAGAAGACCUACCACGCGGAAGCCACCGGGGUCUAUGUCCGCCCCAAGCUCAGAAGCUGCAAGUCUGACAGCCACCUCCUGGCCUUUAUCCAGGGAGGCGCACAGAAGUCCAAGGAUGCCACCACGGAGACGGACGGCCUGGAGGGCCCGCUGCUUCCGAAGCAAAAAGCCAGAGCUGAAAUCAAGAACUUGGAGAAGAUCUUUGUGAACUUUAAGUGCCACCUGAAAGGGGAAACGGAGCUGAUUUUAGAGAGCGUCUUCCAGGAAAUCAUGUCCGACCUAACGCAGGCCAUUCCCGCCAUUUCUUCCGUCACCGCCGAGGUUUUCAUUGAACCAAGUGAGCCCGAACUAGGAGACGUUCUCUCCAACGUGGACAUCAGCUCCGUGGCUUCCGAGAUCGUGGAAAACAUGCUCGAGACGCUCCAGUCCGCCGUCGAGAAAAAGUGCGUGGAGAUGUUUUCGCAGGAAGAUUGGCCGGCUGACAUGACGCCAAGCUUCCUGCCCAUCGGAGAAGGCCCCCGCCCGCCGAGCUGGAGACCCCCGUCGGCCCCCCUGCCGCAGCCCGGGGAGCCCAUGUGCGACGUGGCCGAGGACAUGGUGCAGGACAUCCUGAAGAAGCUGAUGGCUCUGGCAUCGGGUAAGCAGGACGAGCCUCCCCACCUGGCGUCCGUGGCGAAGCCCCCCUCUCAGCAGCGCAUGCCCGGCCCCGUGGGCACGUCCCUGCAGAGAGCCGACGCCAAGAGAGGGGGCCCCGAGCCCGACAGGGCCAACUUCCUGGUUAAGGAGGAAAUACAGAGUUUGAUCUCCAGCAUCUUUGCCCAGUCCUCGCUGGUGGGCUACAUCGAGGAAGCCAUCAGCACCAUCCUCGGCUACGUCCAAACCGAACUGAACAACGAGCGGCUGGUGGCGUCUGAGGAAACGGUGGUCUUUCUCCGGCUGCUGGACGACAUCUUCACGCAGCUGCACCAGGAGCCGGUCAAGGCUGAGGCGCCGAAGGGCAGACGCCCCCGGCCCAGACACCCUCCUGACACGGAGGAGAAGUACCGGCUGGCCGGCACCACGCUGGCCAGUGGCUCCCGGCCGCGGAAGCCGCUGCCGCCCAUCAAUGUGCCGGGCAUGGUCCUGUACUCCGAUGACGACAGCGAGGAGAUAGACAGGAUCGUGGAGAACGCGCUGGACUCCUCUUUGAGGAACGAGAAGGCGAGAUCGCAGGAGCAGGACCCCGAGUGCUGGUUCACAGGGAGGAGCGCGCGUUUGGACAGAAACAGCAAACUGCCCCCACGGCCCGCUUCUCUCAGAAGCAAAGUCGUGUUUUGCGAGGGAUCCAAGACCGAGGGGUCAAGUGUUCACAAGAAAGAAGUUUUAAAGGGAAAAAUCUGCUCGAAUAAAGACACGCUGACCUUCAGCCAAGACCAAAGGCACCAAAUACAAGAGGCGUCAGCAAACGUGAUCAAAGGCAUUUUGACGGAGAUGCUCAAGGAGCAGCCUCCUCCUCCGCGCCCCUCAGGCAGGAGAGCUGGCAAGGACACCACAGUUCUCCUCUCCGGGAAGCCUCGAGGGCUGCCGGCUCAGGGCCAGUGGGACCAGCUGUUCUCCGUGGGAGAAGUUAACACGGUGGCUCAGGACAUAACAGAGGCCGUGAUCAACAUCCUCCACGAGGCACUGAACCGCAUCCCCGGCACCCCCAAAAGUUCCAUCCUACCCGCGAGGCGUCAGACUCCACUGGGCCGUUCUCACACUCCUGACGUGGCCAAAGAGGCGCCACAUAAAAAACCUCUGAAAAUAUGGUUUGACAGUGAGAAGAAAGUGAAGUAUUUGUCUUCACUUGAUGUAGGCCCUGGAACCCCUUCCCCGUUUGGGUCUGAGACAUGUGAGCCGAAGGCUGUAGAUGACAUCUCGGAGGACAUCAUUGACACGGUGUUCAAGAAGCUGAAGGGACUCAUUUACCCAAAACUGCAAGUGGGCUCCACACCGCCCUGCACAGAGCCGUCCUCGCUGCACCACCAGCUGAGCGCCUACACGACCAAGGUGGUGGGCAUCGUUCUGCAAGCGAUCCAGAACGAGCUGGAACUCGAUCAGAAAAGCCAGAGCCCGCGGGAAGCCGACGACAGCAAGCCCCUCCCAGGCAGAGAGUUCUCGGCUGACACUGACGACGCGGAUCUCAACAAGGACAUCAAGGCCUCCCCAUUGCUGACUUGCAUUUGCGAGAUGUUGUCAAGCGCACAUUCCGACCGGAGCAGCGUCUCCCUCCCUCCCAAAGAGCCAAGGCCUUCGGUGGCGUGUGGGCCGGACGGUGUUGGCAAACCAUCCAUGCUUCCAAGUCGGCAGGAGAAACAAGCUUUUUACCAAUACCUGGCGACUCCAUGUGCCAUCCACAGUGACCCCCGUGGAAAAGACCUCAAAGACAAGGGCAAACUGCAAGUGCUGGACAGCAUUGGGGAAACCCUGUACGAGAUGCUGUGCAAGCUCCUGGGAGCCCGCCCGGAGGGCCAGCCGCCCCGAGAGAAGACGAGUGAGAACCGGGGAGUGGCCACGAAGCUGCAGCCUAACCUCCAGCUCCUCUCCCAGACCAUCCUGGACGGCAUCCUCGCGAAGCUGUGCAGGGUCGACGCGGACACCAGCUGCGCGGGUUCUGGGAUGACAGCUGCCUCCGAGUGCCCGGAUAUCGAUAACCUAUCGUUCAAGUCGAUCAUUGAGGAAAUGGCCAAGUGCACCGACAUCAUCUCCGGCAUCGUGUCCAGGAUGCUGCGGGAGAGUAACAGAGAGGAGACGGACAGGGACGCGAAAACCGCUGCUCCUGGGCCUUGCAAAACAGGGAGCACGAGAGAAACGCAUCCAAACAGACUGACGGCCAUGGCCACCGACAUCCUCAACGGGGUGUUUGCGAAGCUGGAAGGGUUUGCCAGUGGCAACCUAGGAGCCCUGGACCCCAUCAGCAAGGGACACAAGACCCGCGCCCAGGUGGACCUGCAGUGCGAGGGCGCCAGCGAGGCCGUGGACGCCUGCGAGGAGCUGCUGCGCUCGGCGCUGUACAUGCACGCUAAGAAGGCGUCCGGCACCAUCCUGAAGGCCAUCCAGACGGAGCUCGGUGGGAGCCCCGGGGACCUGCGGGCCAGCGCCAAGAGCCCUUCCCCGGAGAAACAGCUUCUGAAGAAUGUGAUCAACUUGAUUUUAGAUGUGGUGUCCUCAGAUGUGCUGGACGACACCGAAUCCGAAGAGAGAACCAUGGAAUCCUGCGGGUACCGGCCGACCUACGGGAACUUCCUGCCCGGAGGGGCCGAGCCAGACCCGUGUCUAGAAGACGAUGCACCUGCGGAGAAGGAAUUCGGAGCUGAGGGAACCCUCCCGAGGGGAGAAACGCAACCGGGUUCUCUAAAACAGUGGGUUCUGGAAAGGACCCUAAACAAAAUUGAAGGGAAACUGAAGGAGCCACAGAAAUCUCCCAUCGUGCCCAUCAUCAGGAACAUUUUGAACGAGAUUUUCCAAGGGGCUCUGGUCAACCAAUUAAACGUGCUUUCUCUCUCCUGCCCUCCGCUGGGGGGCGCCCCGCAUGAUGUGGAUGGCGAGCCCCUGGCGCCGACGUGGGUCCCCUUCAUCGACCAAAGGACGGGCCCCUUGGUGUCCGAGGCCGACGUCACCAUCGUGGUGGGUGACGUGGUCACAACUGUGCUGCAUAAGCUUUACGCAGCGGCCAUGACACAGAGAAACGCCGGUGAAAACAGGUACAAAACCAUCACCUUUUCAGCGAAUGUUUCUUUUCACGUCCCCGCCUGCGCGGAACAGUCUUCAGUCACUGUGCUGGAUGGAAAUCCAUGUCCUGUCCCGCCCAGACUCAACGCCAAAGGAAACGUGGCUGAAGACAUCAUCCAGGAGAUACUAACAAACCUAGAAACCUUUGCUACUUACAAAGUAAAAUCUCUCUUUUGUCCCCAAAUCAAGUUCACGGUCCCAGUGGCUUUCCCUGUGCAGCAAGGUAAGAGCAUUUUGAGCAAAGCGUUGUCCGCCAAGGGCCUGUAUCCGGACGAUGGGUUUUCUCCCUGCUCCGUGGAUCAUUUUCUGGAAAAGACCAACUCGUGCCAACUUUCUUUAAACAAACUAAACACACACGCAACAGAAGUGGCCAGAAAAAUUUUACAAGGCAUCAAACACGAGUUAGAUAAAGAAAGGGAAAGUCCUUUCUUAACGCACAACAUCGUGGUUUCUGAAGGGAUCGCGAGUCAGAUCGUGAACACGGUGUUAGAGAUCGUCUCGUCCAAAGGCAAGUUUGACAAACACGAUUCUGACGAAGAGCUUCACUCGGGUCUGCAGGAAGGCGUCAUUGAAAGGAUGUUCAACAGGACUGAGUAUCGCAAAGGGCUUCAGUUCCAAAUACAGGAUGUCAUGGAAGGCAUCCUGUGCGACAUUUAUGAAAAAACGCUGCAUCAAAACAACCUGGCCUUCGCCACGCCCACGCCGAGAGGCCUCGCCGCCGGGCUGUCCAUGGAGGGUGACAACGCGAUCGUCCCACCACUUCCUGUCCCCAAGUCGGACGUCAUGCUGAUCUCCAACGACAUCGUGGACCUUGUCCUUCAUAACCUCAGCUCCGCCGUCACGUUCGGCACAAAACCAGAGCACGCUCCUCCGGCACGGCUGCCCCUUCCCUCCUGUGAUGUGUUCCCACAAAUAGGGUGCCAGCUGCCCCCGCUCACGGGCUCACAGAGUGGAGGAGACACAGAGCGUUUUUCAUCGUCAAACCAUGUGAGGCCCGCGUACGCUGUGGCGAGUCAGAUAACUGUGGUAGGGAGGGAAGACCCCACAAGGCCCGCCCCUGACCCCUGUGAGGAAAACGCUCACUUCAUCACCAAAACUAUCGUCAACCAGCUGGAAUCUUUCGCCACCAAAAGAAUAGACUCAUUAAUUACUCUUGCUUCCCAGCCCACAGAGAAGUCCUUUGCUAGCCCUGGCCUGGAGCCCGGUGAGCCCGAGGACGGCGUUUUUCGUGAGCCCAGCCAAAGGGCGUCCAAUGUGAACGUCCUGAAACUAUCAACAGAAACUGCUCUCAGCCACAAACUUGCAGAUCCCGCGUUUCUGAGUUACGGACAAAAACGGGGAUCCACCAGUCACCUCUCCCAAGCCAGCCUUAAGGAAUACGCGGAUGUCAUCGCCAGUGUCAUUCUGAAGCUUAUUAAAAACGACUUGGACCUGGAAAUCCAAAGGGCAUAUCUAUAUCCAAACAAUAUUUCCUUCCAGGAAAACGUCAUUGUGAGUGAGAUUGUCAACAACACCUUAAAGGUUUUGAACGCUAAGAGGUCUGUAAAUGAAGUUCAGUUUUACGCAAAAGACCAUCCUGGCGCAUUUGCACCGUUAGCUGUACCCAAGGAAAUGCUGUUAGGACAAAGAGAGCUGGACCAAAACACCAAGUUAUCUCUGUUUUCACGGUACCCAUUCGAACAAAACCAACGGACAGUGGGGAAGGAGAGCCAGAGCGUUGUUUUGGAAGAAAUAUUUAUGAGACACGGGGACUCCAAACACAAAGAAAGGGCUGCCUUGCUCGCUCCAGUGAGAGAGGUUUUAAGGAAAGUGCACCAACAAGUAACGAAAAGCAAAGGCCACCUGCCUCCAUUCAAUGAAACCCCCCAGGUGGCAUCUAACUCUAAAGCUAGAACAUCAGACGUAGCGCACAGAAACUUCGUCCAGUCCCACAUUAACGGCGUAGCCAACGACAUAGUUGAGAGUGUGUUGGGGGAAAUGUACGCUGUGGUUGUGACCUCCUUACGUGAGAGUCACCAAAAGGAAGCCGUCGAAGACAAUGGCCCCUUCCCUCAGCCACCGUCGUGCGUGGGAGAAGCGAAACAAGCCGGGAGAGGAAGUAAUUCCACGGGGUACGUGACGCCACAGGCCUAUCCUUCCCCAGGCGACCCAAACACCCCCCUGUUCGAAAGCAGUUUCCAGCAGCACUCGCCGCUGCAGGUGGGGAAGGAGUUGGUCCAAACGGUGCUAGAUAAGAUCACACAUUUUGCCUCAAGCCUUAAAGUGAACCUGAAGGGCAGCCUCCAGCCAGGUUUUAAAACAAGUGUAAAAGCAAAGGCAAAAGUGACUUCUCUGCCUAAUUUGAAGACAAAGCUGCCCCUGGGCCCUGGCGGUGCUAAGGCCAGAAGCAAGACCAAGGUGGGGCCCGGGGAGAGGACUCUGAGGAGCAGCCAGUCCAAGACCUGCCUGGGGCUGCCGCACACGCUCACCGCCGGGGACGCCAAGGGCACGCGGGGCGCCAGGCUGCCCGCCGCAGACCUGAGGGCGCACGCCACGCACGUGACCAGCAUGAUCCUGGAGGCGACCGUGACCGAGUUUGAAAAGGCCACGCAAACGAGAGCCAUGGUCAGUGCGAAGGCGUUGCCGUUUGACCAAAUCGGGGCAGCAAACAGGAUCGUUCGCGCCGUCCUGCAAGGGGUGUGCGCGCCGGGCACCCACAGCCUGGCCGCUCCGAGCACGUUCUCGGCUCCGGCCGACCUCCAGCCUUCCCCGGGGCGCCCGGGCGCGGGGGGCUUCGCUGAGACGCAGGCCUGCUUCUACUUGGAAAAUGUCUCUUCCCAACUCGAGCAGAUCUUUCCCAAGGACGGGAUAUUUAAAAGAAUGUUUGACAAAUGGCAGGCAGAAGCAAAUGACAUGGAAAGUGAAAAAUGUAACUUGCUGGUAGUGGCUGAAAAUGUUUUGACUGUCAUUUCAAUGAAAUCGAAGGAAUUAGAAUAUUAUCUUUCCCUCUUAAAUCUGACGUACCCCGAGGACUGGGAAAGCAGGCUCCAUAACCGCCUUAAAGGAACAUCGGUGCGAGCGGAGGCCACCAAGGCACAAAUCAACAUGUUCUCGAGGGAGAUCGUUGAAAUGCUCCUUGAGAAACUACAGCUGUGCUUUCUGUCCCAGAUGCCCACCCCGGACAGUAAGGAAACUCCAGCAAGUAGGAAGGUACACGCCGCUCAGAGCAAACACGGCCUUCCAGCCAAGGACGUCCUCAGCGGUGCGCCCAUCUACUACAUGGACGCGAAGGACCACAUGUCUCUGGGCUCCACCAAGCAGGUUGUCCUAGACAUUGUGGAAAGGGUGCUGGGCAUGCUGGAGGCGUUUGUAGACCUGCAGUUCAAACACACCUGCAUGUACGAAUUUUCCGAAAUAGUGAAGAUGCCGGUAGAAAACCUGUUUCCGGCCCAGCAGAGACUGCUAAGCAAAAAGAUGUUGCCCAAACUGCAGUCGCUGAAAAAGCUUGCUGAUGACUGCAGGUCCAGUGCUAUGAUUUCCAAGGAAAAUGUACAGAACGUUUUUCUGCAGGUCCACUCAUUCCAUUCAGAAUUGCUUACCUGCGCUGUGACCAUCACCAGCGACAUGCUGGGUGUCCUCAAGGACAAGCUGGACAAGGAAAUAGGCCAAGCGGAGCCGCCGGGCAGCACGCUGCAGGAGAAUGUGGCGGCGAGCGAGAUCAUCGGCGCACUGAUGGACCAGUGCACGCACGUCAGCGAGUCUCUGAUCAAAAACCUCCCCAGUCUGUUCCCAGGAGUGGAAAAUACCUACAUUGUUAAUCAUCUUGCAUUCACCACUGAUAUGAAAAUCCCCAAGUCAAAGGAAGUUCAUUUUGGGAAUGGGCCUCCUCCACGGGUUAGCAUUCCUGGUUUGGUGUUUGAUCCUGAAGACGACACGAAGAAAAGGUGCAGGGGCCCACCCAACGUACCUUCAUAUGCCAGAGCCCCCGGAGAAGGCCCGGUCAGAAGCUCGGAGCCCAGGGGAAGGCCUGACUCAGGGAAUGCGCCAUCCUCCUCUAGAAACAAGGUCCCAGGCCACGGCCCCAGGGAAUGGUCAUGUGAUCAAGCCACGCCCGAAGGCAGUAUCUUACAAAAACUGGCUAACCGGGUGACUGAGUCCACAGAAGAAGCACUGAAGCAAGGCCUGUCCUUCAUAGAAAUGCGAAAAGCUAAAAACCCAAAAGUGUUUCAUUAUGGGACCCCAAAGCCCGUUGGUGGGCCUAACCAAACUCAGACAACUGUUUCUCCACUCAAGAUAUGUUUAGCGGCAGAGAAUAUUGUCAAUACUGUGUUGUCAAGCUAUGGGUUUCCUAGUCAACCACCCAUUAACGAAAGCACAGAGACAAUGAAGCCAUUUUUCAUAUCCACACCAAGCCCUGCAGGACAAAAGGAGGAGAAGAAAAGUGUGUUUGCCACGUGGGGUGACAGGACCCGCUGCGUCCCCAGAGGAAGAAGCAAAAACCCAGAAGCCAGCAGGGGAGACUUUUCUUUAUUGCAAAAGUGGGAGAAGAGCGACCCAAAGGUAAAGACUGUGAAAGAAUUUGAAGUCAUUGCUUUUGCUGAUCAUGAACUGGGUCCAAAUGAAAUCAAUUUGGUAGCAAGACAUGUAACCACAUGUGUGGUCACAUAUUUCCAGAACUUCAAAACCAGAGUGUCCAGUGAGAAGAUGUCUAUUGUUUCUGCACUGUCAAAGAAAACAUACGAGUCAGAACAGCGUCUAAGAAGCAUAUAUAAUGAUUCUUCGCUUUGCCAACUUUGUGAGCAUCUCACUGAGUCUGUCAUUUGCCAUUUAAUUUCGAGGAUUUCUGAUGGCAUCCGAGGUGGCAGAGAAAGUGCGAAGGCAUGGGAAAGCCAAAAUUCAGGAUGUAACAAGAUUAUUUCCAUUGAUUCUCAAGUAUUUGAAAACAGGUCGAUUUCUAUCGGAGAACUUGCUUUAAGUAUUUCUGAAAUCAUUACUAAAAUCCUUUGCAAUAGUAACAUUAUAGAACCUGACAUUGAACAGCAAAUGUUUUCUUUAAAAACAAAGUACAUUUAUUGCCCAGGAGUCACUGCUACUGACUUUGACCAUAUUUUCCAGGAUCUCUUAAUAGGAGUGAUUCACGUACUGUCCAAAGUGAUAGGAAUAACUCAUCACCUUGAAAGCAAUGGAAGAAGUAAACCAUUGUCCAUGCUUAGAAGCAAUAGUGUGUCCAUGGGCAACAAAACAAAUACCAUGAAAAGACAGAUAAGUUGCAGAAACUGGGAAUCAUCUACUCACCCAAAUGAACAACCCAUUCAAAAUGAGAAAUUAAAUUAUCUGGCAUACAAGUUAGACAGUAUCAUUAGUAGCCUGAAAACUCGUGAAUCCAAAGAAGUAGUCAAUAAGGUCUUCAAUAUUGUUUUAGAUUUAUUUUUACCAGAUGAACGCAGAGGUGAGGCUAUGGAUUCUUAUGAAAAAGCAAGAAAAUCUUUAUCGUCAUCGAGUAAUAACUUAGGGCUCACCCCCAAAUCCGUUUUUCUUCUCAAUGUCGUGUGUGAGAAACUUAUCAGAACGCUUUUGGAAAAAUGCACAAACACUGCCUUUCUUGAUCACGGCCCUCUUUCUGAUGAAAUGUCUGCAGAAGAAUGUCAGCUUUUAAAAAUGCUUCAAAGUGUAGAAGACGAGGGCUUUGGUGACUGUAAGGGGGCAAUGGGCUGUGAACAGUCCCAAGGAGAUUAUAUGUCAGAUCUUUUGGAAAAUCUGGCAGAAAUGGAUACAGAUGUGUCGUCAUCUGACACUAUGCUCACCCUCGUUUCCCACACCUUGGUGAAGUCCCUGAUGGACAAACUCUGUCACAAUAUUGAACUCCCUCACAGCUCGCCCAGUGCAAGCCAGCACCUGAAGGGUAGAACACAAGAAAGGCAGUCGGGUCUUAUAAAAGCAAAAGGGCCAGAAUUAGCAGGAUUCGGACAAGGUAAAGGUUCUGCCGGCUUCACCAGCUGUGACAGUCGCGCUCUGACCGGAUCCCUAAAUCUCUCCAGCAUGGUCCGCUCCAAAACACAGUCACCUUUCGGCAGGAAGUGUUCAGUAAGCUCCUCUUCUGUGACACCUCGUAGGAGGCAGGAAACAGCCAUCCAUAGCAAGCUACACCUGGGGAGUAGGAGCACAGGUGUUUAUUCGGCCACAUUUUUGGAGGAAAUCAUUUCAGAACUGUUUUUCGAUCUCUCCACUUCCCUGUGGGGCAAAAAUGAAAGCAUCCCGGAGGCCCAGCUCAGUGAGAUGAACACACUACUUGUCAACAACGUGGUGAGGGAGUUUGCGCGCGCGCACAUCGCCGUUCUGCGGAAUGUGGAGGAGAGACUGUGCUUCCCGCCGGUCCAAAAGGAAAGGGUACGUAGGGUUGUUGACUCGGUUUACCCUGACGUUUUGCAGAAAUAUCAAUUGAAGGUGACCUGUGGUGUGAAUCUGGCACAUGACAACAACUCACUAGCAGGACAAAUAGCGAACGGCAUACUGUUAGAGAUCGUGGACUACCAACUCCCACCCUGCUUCCGGGAGAAGCUCAGCCCCAACUCCUGCUGCCCUCUCGAAGCAGAAAUCAUCCUGCAGAAACUACAAAGGACCCUGAGAGAAUGCGCUUCCAGAUCCAGGUCUGCGGGAGGCUACAGCACCAGGGUGUCGCACUCCUUUUUAGAGGAUAUCAUCAGGAGGCUUCUCGCCCAACUCACUGCUCCACCCAGUAAGGCUUCCUCUCUGGGGAGAAAAGAGUUCAUGAGUUCAGAUUUCAGUGAAAUGUCUAACUGUAUCAUAAAUAAGGUUCUAUCAGCCAUUUCAAAACACAAAAUUUGGCUCACUAUAUGUGACAAUCCACAGCUAUGUGCAGGGAAAAACACCCAGAAGAUGGUGGAUUCUGUGUAUCGGAACAUCAUGCAAAUGCCUGACUCUCUCGUCUCAAUCCAGAACAGCCUGGUGAGCCGAAGCCCAGUUAUGGUGGACCGAAUAGCCAGUUUUAUUAUCCAAGAGAUUAUUGAAAACCAUCUUCAACCAUUUUUGUGUGAAGAAGGUUUGCACCGUCCAAAUACUCCACUGGAUGCAGUAUCGAACAUGGUUAAACGGGUCCUCAGUGAGGUCACAGAGUCGCACAGACCCAAGAGGCCCUCACCCUCAGGCGUUCCCCCUGACACAUUCAUAGGGGAAAUUGUGGCCAGACUUGUAUCAAAGAUAUUCAGCUCCAAGCAGAACACUGACAAUGAGCUGGAAAACAUGACACAAAAAAUAGUGAACUCGAUAACCACCCACUUCGACAAAGCUACAACUCACGUCCUCAGUGGCGGCAAGGAGGGCGUCUGCCCCUCUGUAGGCACAGACAUCGUGGAUGAGCUCGUGUCCUCUGUUUACAGAAACGUGUUACAGCAGCACAGGCUAGACCCUGAGGCUAACAAGGAGUCUGAAGACAGCGAGACUUUUGUGGAAAACAUCACCAAUUUAACUGUAGCGGCCAUUUCUGAUUACCUUCUUCACCCGCUGUUCUCUGGCGAUUUGUCAUCUUCCUGUUCUAUUUCCACAGCUGAGAACAUCAUCCAGGACAUCAUUAGUAACAUCAGCAAACCCACCACGCCAAGCCCGAGUUUAUCUCCGUAUAAUACCUUGCUGCCAUACACGUUUUUAGAAGAUAUGAUCAGAGUACUAUUAUCUAGAAUCUUUUCUUCUGCAUCCGACUUUGUUCCAAACACAGGAACUCUAAAAGACAGGUCAAGAGUGAAUUUUAAUAAAAUUGCUUCAAAUAUAAUCAGUGAUAUUAGGAUGAAAAUUUCUCAACAUGACAUCCAAUUCUCAAAAGAUGAUGAAGAAACCAAGUUUGUUUAUUCAGAAGAUGAUGUCCAGCACCUUGUGGACUCUGUCUUCGAAAACAUUUUACAAAACUCCGAGUCUCAGGAAUCGGUUGAACAAAACAUCAAAGGCAGCAACGACGCUCUCAUCGAUAGAAUAGCAGGUUUCAUCAUCAAACAUAUUUGUCAACAACAUCUUCAGCCGUUUGUGGACCAAAAGGCAUUGCCUUCCCCCACAGACACUCACCCUGACGGUGAGUGGAGGCCAUGGCCUCCUGCCAAUGUUUACUCGGCAGCAUUUUUGGAAGAUGUGAUCUUUGGAGUUUUAAGGAAAAUAUUCCACAGGGUGUUGGGCAUUGUGCAAACAAAGUCAGCAAGAGACUCGGAAGAUGAGCUUUUGGAUAAAGCUGGGAAACUCAUACAUCUGAUAGCAGAAGAGCUGUCAAGAGCCCCGGUCCGCAUUCUGGAGAACGCCGAGGAGCAGUGCCGUUUGCCUCCAGUGGAGAGCGAUGUCCUCAACAACGUUGUGGACAUGGUGUUCAGCAAAGUGCUGCAAGAAUAUGAAAUGGACAUCCUGCCCGAUUACGAUUUCCUCAAUGACACAAAAACCUUGGCAGCAAGGGUGACUAAGAGCAUCCUGGCCCACACGUUUGAUUUCCAAAUCCACCCAAAGCUGAUCGGAAAGCUUCGUUUUAAGUCGUACGCCAAACUGAACGUCGAUGUUUUGAUAAAGAGAGUCCAAGGUUACAUCACUAAAUCAAGAUUCCAAAGACAGGCGUCAACUAUCUACACCACCAUGUUAUCGCACACCCACCUGGAAAAGGUGGUCACCCAGCUGAUCUCUCAGGUGAGCCCACUGGCCUCCAGCGCAGAAUGCAAGGGCACUUCCAAGUCGGAGCUAAGUGAUAACGUCAUAAGGCUGAUAAACGAAAUUAUGUCAAUCAUUUCCAAACAUGCAAUCUGCAUUGUCAAACAUGGCAGUGAGAAACAGAGCAUGAUCUCCGAGAAAGAUAUCCAGUCCAUGGUGGGUUCCAUCUACGCCGACCUUUCACACUCAAAGCUCUACCAGUCUCUCACAAAGGAUAAGAAAGGGAUAAGUAAGAUGCCUGUUUCGAAAAUAGCGAGUUUUAUCAUAAAAGAAAUAUUUAACCAUCAUCUCCAGUCAUUUUUACCUGGAGAUAAAACAUGCCUCUCAGCUGCGGUUGAUCAUGUCGAUAAACAGAGAGCAGCCGACUCUCAGCAAGGAAACUUGGCUUUUGUGGUGAACUCGGCUGCCUUCCUGGAGGAGGUCAUCGCAGAGCUGCUAUGUAAACUCCUGUACGCGUUCUCACACAACGUCUUGGCUGCUGAGCACCCAGACAUAGUGAAAGUGAAAAUUACUGACAUUGUGACAACGUUAGUAAAAUCAAUUGUUCUGGAGUUCACCACGUCGGAGAUUGUAGUUUCGAAUUAUUUCGAUAAUGAUAUGUGUUCUUCGGCAAGAUACAAAGAAAUGGUUCAAAAAACAACCAACCUGGUUUAUGAAAAGAUAUUAGGUGAAUACAAAUCUCUGAUUCAAGUCUACAAGGUUAUGCAAAGUGACACGACUUCUUUCGGCAGGAAAAUUUAUCACUUACUAUUGGAAGAAAUUUAUGAUCAUCAGAUGCAGUCGUUAGUGUCAGGAGAAUUGGUGUCUUCUUCCUGUUCUUCCCUUCAAACCGAAAACAUCAUCAGAAAUGUGCUGAAUGUCAUCACGAAGGCCGGCCCCGCCAGCCCGUGCGUGACGGUGCUGCCGCGCGCGCUGUUGGAAGACAUCAUUUACAAGCUCAUAGCGAGCAUCUUCCCUCCCACCCACACGGAGGGCGAGCUCAGGGAGGAAGGCGCUUCACCUGAUGACGAGUUUGUGGCUGCAGCUUCAAAACUGACGGAUGAAAUCAUCAAAGAAAUUACGGAACAUGAAAUCCGUCUCGCCAGGGCAGAAGAGAAUGCCGACAGUACCCAACUAGACAUGAUUGAGAACUUGGUUGACUCGAUAUGUAAUAAUAUCUUGAAAAAAUCUGAAUUUCAAGCGGAAGUGCAAAGAGAUGCAGACAAAAAAGCAGGCUCGUUCCUCAGCAAAGUCGCAAGUUUCGUUAUGAAGGAAAUUAUGGACCAUCAUCUGAGGCCAUUUUUACAGGGUGACGGGGGCUCUGCACUCACCAAACCUGGGAAAGAAAAGACUCAGACUUCCCUCUACUCAGCUACAUUUUUGGAAGAUGUAGUGGUUGACCUUGUUCGCAAAUUUUCUUCCCUUCUAAGUAUUACCGAAGAACCUAAGAAAAAAGGGAUGUCGGAGACAGAACUUGUGGGUUUGGCUAUAAAAUUUGCAAAUUCUCUGAUAGGAGAAUUCAGGAAAAGUGAAAUUAAAGUUCUACCGAAUGCUGAAGAAGUCUUUGCUUUCCCACCAAUUGAUAAAGAGACAGUGGAUAAGAUAUCCAACUUUGUGUACGAUCAGUUCAUAGGGAAGUAUGACUCCGGUGACAUGCAGAAGGAUGAUAAAGGUCACGUGCUAAUAGAAACGAUUGCUGCAUUAGCCCAAAAGGCAAUCUCUGCCUUCAAAAUUCAACCCCUGUUUUCAGGAGACUGGUCUUCCACCUUCUUUUCAUUUCUAAAUCCAGAUCACAUCACCCAAAGGGUUCAACACCUGCCACAGAAAACCACGGCACCGAGUAGCACAGGCCUCAAAGGAAACCAACUUACGUUUUCAGAGCAAUCAUAUAAAUACACUUCUCCAACCUCAGUCCGGAAACACGUGUUGGGAACUUUGGAACUAGACAAAGGAACAGCAAGUAGAAAGAAAAGUGUCCAGAGUGAGGAGGCGCCCGUGAAAAAGGGCGAGACCCAAGAACAGAAAGUCACCUCUCUAACUAGAACCAUGAAGUGCAACCUGCUUAACCUGCUGCCAGGGGCAGCUGCAGGGGUGGCAACUAAAAAGAAAGAGAAUGAAAAUAAAAUGACAAUUUCAAUUAAAAAUUAUACUGAGAAUGUAUCAACAGUUACAUCUCCAACUACUAGUGUGAAAAGUAAAGAUAGUCAGAAGUCAGAUUUGAAGGGAGCACGUAAAAAUAAUGACACUGAGAAGAAAAGCAAAUUGGUGUCAACAGAUGAAAAGAAGCAACGUAAUGAGGCAUACACACAGACUCCAGGAGCUCCCGGUGAGACAGAGCGGAAGGAGAAAAUGGUUGGACCAGAUUUGGACACAAACAAACAGAAGAUUGACAAAACAAGAGGAAAUGCAUUGAGAAAAGAAGACGAGCCCUGUCCGUUACCUUUGACACCCAAAGUGACAAAUGCAGCGACCAACACAGAAGACACAUUAACUCUAAAGCCAAACACUGAGUGGAGAAAAAGCACUCUCCCUCUAGUCGAUAUAAACAAACAAUAUGCAGGCUACGAACGUGUUCAAAAUAUCACUGAAAAUAUUUAUGACAAUAUCUUAGAGACAUGUUUUGCCCCAGAAUCAGAUUAUUCAAGUUUCCAAAGAACCCCAAGUGAUACAGUUCAUGUCACCCAAGAGGUCCGCAAGGAUUCUGCCCAGUCUGUUUCAAUAAAGGACUUACCCCUCUCGGUUGACAAAGAUCUCCCGGCCCCGGAGAAGGAAGAAGAAAAGGAUAACGAGAAAGCGAGAGAAAAAGAGAAGCAACAAGAGGGAGGAAAAGAGAAAGUGGGAGUGAAGGAGAUCAAAAAUGAACCCAGGAAACCGCACAGUGCUCAGUGCCCACUGAAAAGUAAGCCUGGGAUUUUCCCUGCUAAACUUUUAGAGGAUGUUAUCAUCGAAAUGGUUAACAAGUUGAUCUUUUGUGCCUCACCAGAAGCACAAACAUCUGAUAGACGCCAAAAUGUCAGUGAUGGCCAACAUCAAGCUGACCUCUAUGACACAGCCAUGAAGCUCAUUGAUUCGCUGCUGAAGGAGCUGUCCAAGGCUCAGAUUAAGGUAUUUAGGCCUGAAAAGGAAGGCCCGCUAGUCCCUCCCGGAGGUAAAGGGUCAUCCGUUCCUAAAGGGCCUCCUGAGCAGAAAGAGCCAACGGCAGAUGGAGCCUCACCGCCCACUAAGAAAGCAGCGGGGGCGGAAAUGUCCCAAACGCAGAAAGUGAUUAAAGAAAUCCCUCUAAAUAAGGUGUCGUUCCUAGAGAGAAUCCCGGCCAUCGAUAAAACAUUGGUUAACAAAGUUGUUCACUCUUCUGUAUGCAAUAUUUUGAAGGAAUAUAGGUCUCAAGACUCCCUUUGUCAGAAUAUAAAGAGCAACGGGGGAAAUUUAGCGAGAAAACUGACCAGGACAGUGAUCAAUGAAAUUUUUCGGCAGCAGCUGAACUUGGAGCCCAGCGAUGAGGUCCCAUCUUGGGCAUGUCUGCCUCUGGAAUGUAAGGAUGUUGUCAAAAAGGUCCAGAAGGUGGUGCGGACAGCCAGUAAAGAGUGUCAGACGUUCUCGCCGUACGCCAUCCUGCUGCCUCGCGAGUUCUUACAGAACGUGAUUUCUGCUCUUUUCCAGAAGGUUUUCUCAGUCGCACCCAAAACCAAAGCAGUCGCCUCGGAGGGCAGGUGGCUCACAGAACUGGAUUUCCUGAAAAUGAAGUUACUGGGCACCAUCAUGACCGAGAUCUCCAAGGACAAAGACGUGACCAUUCAGUAUGUGCAGUCCCUACACCCCAACGACGACGAGGUCAUCCAGCUGGUGGCCCUUUCUAUUUAUGAGAACCUCUUGUCCCAGUUUGGCUCGAAGGAGAUUAUACGAAACUGUGUAGCCAGCGGCUGCAGAAUCCUCUCCGAGACCAUCGUGGAGCUGGUGCUGCGAGAGGUGUCCGGGAACCAGCUGCAGAGCUACUUCUCGGGAGAGCUGACCCCAUGUCAGUGCGCAGAAGUGGACAGCAUCAUUGAGAACAUCCUCAAGGACGUCAUCCGCAACACGGACACGCCCCGGCCCCAGUCCGCGCCUGCCCACAGGCUGCCUUACAACGUCAUAGAAGAAAUCGCCGUCCAGUUUCUAUCCAAGCUUCUAUCUGUGUUUCCCACGGUGGACAAGAAAAGAAACAAAUCCCUAGAAACUGAAAUGCAAAACAUCAUGUCCAAAAUAUUAACUUCCCUGCAAGAAUUUAUCUCAAAAAGUAAGAUCAAACUCAUACCACCAGCCAAGGCACUGGCGACUGUACCGUUAUCUGACAAUGAAACGAUCAAAAAGGUCGUCAAUUCUGUCUACACCCGGGUGUUAAAGCACUCUGGCUCCCACGUGUCCAUCUUCAAGGACUUAAUGGGGAAGAGCAAUGUCCUCUCUGACAUAAUAGGCUUCUUGAUGGUAAAGGAAAUUUCCAAUUCUAAAUUCCAACCGCAAGGAGAGGAAGAAGUAUCGAGCUCAGAACUGGUGCUGGAAGCUGUCAAAAUCAUGGAAAAGGUGGUCAAAAUUGUUGAACUGAAGUCCCAGGACAGGUCUUCCUCCAAAAAAGGUUCCAUGUUGGAUGUCACGUGUUUAGAGGAAGCGCUGGCCUUGUUCUUAGCCAAACUGGUGAAGUUGCCCAGUGAGUCAAGCAAAGAUGCCAAGAACUUAUCAAGGCCCGAGUUAAAUAGAAUUGCAUCUCAGCUGACCAAAUCUGUGUCGGCGGAGAUUUCCAAAAGUAACAUUAGUCUUGUUGCUGCUGACCCUGAGGGGCAGCUUUUAAACCCGGAAAGUGUCGAAAUGAUCUCUCAGAUUAUCGACUCUAUUUACAGCAAUGUGCUGAUACAAUCCGGGACCUACAAGGACCUUCACUACGACAUCAAAGGCACCAACAGAGUCUUCCCCCAAAAAGUGGCCAAUUUAAUCAUCGAUGGCGUCUCCAGCGUUUCCUUAGAUACAGACACCGACUGCCCCAAGGCUCCCCAUGCGGACCACUUUGGAGAUCUAGACGUGAACAGGAUCGUCCAGAAGGCGCAAGAACAUGCUUUCAAAAUGAACCCUGACAUGAAGACUGGAGCGCCCGAUCCAAACACAUGGGGAGAGGAAACGCAAAUUAAAAUCGUCCCCCACAUUGGGAACAAGCCCAUCAAAAUAGAUCCCGGCAUUCUUUCCCAACACUUAGCAGUCAUUUCGGUAAAAACUGAACCCCUUGAGAAGCUUCAGAUGGAGUGCUUAAGAAACACCGGGCACAGCAUAGCAGAAGUGAGAAGGGCAUCGAUGCAGGGGAGAAGUUAUUCCUCCACAGACACAUCUAAUGAGGAAAAGCUAAAGAAAGAGAGACGCACCUCGCUGAACAGGACGGGGCGUCUGGACAUGAGGCCCUUAGAGCCUGUUGGCCGAAAUUCCUUUCAGAACAUAAGAAAGCCUGAUAUCACCAAGGUGGAGCUUUUAAAAGACGUUCAGAACAAACAAGAUCUUCUCAUCCGAUUAGUAGUUCAUGAUAUUGAAGGUGAGUCAGAAAGUCACAUGGGAGAGGAGCCGACCACUGAUGACUAUGAAUUUGUUCUGAGAGAGGACAUCAGAGAAGCAAGCUGUGAUCUAUUUGAGGACGAAGCUACGGAGGCAGAUAUGGAAAGCCCGGAGGCCACUGGGAAGCCUCCAGGAGGACCGACGGGGAAGGAAGUGAAGUGGCCCGCCGCCGAGCUGGACCAGCCCACCGGCUCCUCCAUCCUGGCUGUCACCGACUCCUUCUGGGGGAAUGAGCCGCAGUGUGAGAAAGGAGACAGGGAGUCCACGGAGCCGAUCCAUCACCUCAUACACAGGAUUAUGAGCACGUCGUCCUACAACCAGGAGGACCUGGGCUCACCUGCCAGUGAGACCAAGGACUGUGCCCCAGACCCGCCUGCUAAAGUAUCAGACGAAGCCACCAGGCCCAGAGCUUCCAAGCAGGGGUCCAAGAUGCUGGCCCGGGUCACGUCGGUUCUGUCCAAGGUGUUUUCUCGCACCAGCAGCAGCGCGUCCAAAGCUGCGUCGUCCCCGCCCCAGGCUGAGCGCUGA